UUGAGCCUCACUCAUUUCAUGGACCUCAAACAGUGUCGCAAGGAAAACGUGCGUCAACAUAUAACUCGCACGCACGCGAAAAAGGCAGCUGACGUCACGGUGCAGAUCAAGGUGCACAUACACUCAGAAUGGACUCUUUGUCUCCGACUAUCACCAUGGCGACAGAACUGUGAGUGUCACUUACACAUAAGUGUAACACAAGCUGACCUUUGCAUUUCCACACCACACAAGAUGGUUGAGGAGGCUCACCGCAACCCUGUCAACUUUGUACAUCAGGAUGAAAUAUGGAAAGCACAUGUCAUUGCAGAAAAGGACUUGGCAGAUGUUUGGCCAAACAAGUGGGGAUUUCUUCAACAGCUUUACAAGGAGUAUGAGGUCGACAGCAAGAAUUUGAAGGACAUGACUGCAGCAGAACUUACGAAAAAAGCUCAGUGUCCUUCAGAAAAGGUUGGUCCUUCCCCUCCUGUGCCACAGACAAGUCAGGCUGUAAUUGGUUGGCGUUCUGCUCAUGCUCACCUGAGUCUGGAAAGGUCCGGCAUGGUGCAACACGGACGUCGGAGCUUUCUAAAGGAGCUCGGUUGGCCUAGUCAGACCUGAACCAAAGUCGACUCAUCGGUUAAUAUGUAAAUUAUUUGUUAUUUUUUCUUCUGUAAGCUCUGGGUUUCAUAAUAAUCUUGAAAUUUUCAUUGGAUCUAAAAACUAUGCGCUGAAAAAAGUUGGACUAUCGAUAUUGGGAACGAUGGAGUUUAUCAUUAUUUUCUAAAAAGCGGAUGUUUCUAAAUAUCACAUUCUGAUUACAAAGAUAAUCUUCUGCUUUCAUGGAGAAUGACAGAUAUCAC